GUGUACUCCAGAUCUAGAUGGAGUACGGUUCUUGAACUUGCUGGCUUUGGCUAUAAGGAGGCUGGUCAUAAAUAGUUGGAUUGAACGUUGUCAGGUACUUUUCGCUCCAGUAGCUGACCAGAAAGUCAUUUGGUACUAUGCACCCCGGAGAAGUACCUGGCGACGGCCGGCGCGUUGGUCUCUCGGUGGUUUUCAGGGCUUGCAUAGGCGCCGUCUAAGGAGUUGCGGCCGGACAAAUUGACACAAAUUUAUCCCUACUAUCAUGCCCUGCGAGAACCACCCGCUCGGUAGCUUAGGCGCUCGAGAAAGAGUGACUUUACAGGAAAGAGUCUGGCCAACAUUCACCGCCGCAUUACAACUGUAUACUUGCAAAAAUCUACCUGGGUAUAACUCGCAGUCAAUUUGAAAUUUCCCUGUUAUGGCACUGGAUCACUUGAAUCACUUCCCAGCUUUUGAUAUAUGCAUUUAAUUGUAGAGUUGUACGUACAACAGUGUAGCUCUACAACAUUGUAUACCGCCCCGCCAGAGCAGUGAUAGUCCUCACAAGCGUCAUUGCAUUCCCCACAUGUCGCAGUACUGCGGAGGACUCGUCUUUUGUUAAACACCACGAAUUCCAUGCUCACAGAUUCUGUACAUUAGACCCUUGCCCAUGUGCUUUUGACGGAGGAGUACUUGAAUUUACAAUGCGCCUUAUCAAGCGGCACAUCGACGAUGACGGCAGUGGAAGCGUCACAUUAUGUCCUGAGGAGCCGGAAGAUAUGUGGCAUGCCUACAACCUGAUUCGGCCCAGAGACCUCCUCACAGCAUCAGCGAUACGUCGAGUGACCACCGAAUCCGCUUCCACCGGCUCAACCUCGUCCCAGCGAGUCCAUACCAACCUGACCAUCCUUGUCAAAUCGGUUGACUUCGAUCCACAGGCUGGACAGCUACAUGUCUCGGGCCAAAUUGCGCGGGAGAACAGAUACACGAAGAUCGGGCAAUUCCACACACUGGACCUCGAGCUUAACCGCAAUUUCACCCUCGAAAAACAGGUAGGAGGUCCUGAUGGCGGUGAAGGCUGGGACAGUGUUGCUCGUGCGCAGCUUGAAGAGGCGAUCGAUCAGACGAGGGGCACCGAAGCCGUCGCAGUUGUCAUGCAGGAAGGACUGGCCAAUAUAUGUUUCAUCACGCAGCAUCAGACGGUUCUGAGGCAGCGAGUCGAGGUCUCAGUGCCUAGAAAACGUGCAGGAGCAGGACGAUCCGCAGAUCAUGACAAGGGACUGGAAAAAUUCUUUGCCACGGUGCUGGACACCUUGCUCAGGCAACUCGAAGGUCUUCUUGAAGGCAAGGAUAGCAGUACCAGUUUCCCAAUCCUGCUGGCUAGUCCCGGUUUCACUGCUGCUGGAUUCCUCAAAUACAUUAACGAAACAGCGGCCUCGAAAGGCACCAAGCUUCUUCAGGAUAUGGUCAAGCGGAAAGCGUUUGUUGUUGUCCACAGCAGCUCGGGUCAUCUGCAUAGCCUCAACGAAGUGCUGAACAGUCCGGAAGUGCUGGCCAGACUUAAGGAUACGAAGUAUGCACGAGAGACUGCUUUGAUGGACGAGUUCUUUGCUUUGCUCCGAAGGGAUGAUGGACGAGCGUGGUAUGGUCCGAAAGAAGUCGAGACGGCUGUCGAGAAGGGAGCCGUAGGUCGAGGCGGCGGAGUCCUGCUUAUCAGCAAUUCCCUCUUUCGAAGUCAAGAUAUAGCUACGCGGAGGCGAUGGGUCAGACUGGUAGACAGGGUGAGGGAGGUUGAAGGCGGCGAAGUUAGAGUUCUUAGCAGCGACCAUGAGAGCGGCAAACGACUUGAGGGUCUCGGUGGGAUCGCUGCCAUCCUCACAUUUCCCAUUGAAGAGAUGAGCUCCGACAGCGAAGGCUCCGCCGACCCGGAGUCUGCAGAUGGUAAUGAAGCAUUAUGAGACGAGCAUGAUCACUACUUUCAAACUCGAAAUCAAAUCAAGUUUGGCUAAAGAAGCAAGUCUCCGAAUCGUGUCCGUAGAAGUGUUAGGCAUCACACUGCCAUACUUAAACUGCUAAAUCGU